AUGACCCUACACGUCGCCAUCAUCGGCGCUGGCAUCGCCGGCCCGACCCUCGCCCUACACCUACAAUCGCACCCAUCCAUCACCACAACCAUCUAUGAAGCACGUCCACAUGGCAGCAUCGAAGAAGGCCAGCACAUCUCGCUAGCCCCAAAUGCGCUGCGGGUGCUAUCACACAUUGGUGUGUCGGCGAAGCUCAACGCGAUUGGAAACUCGUAUGAGGAGCUGGGCCUGAGGAACGCGGCGGCGAGUAAAAUUGCGGAGUUUGACAAUGGGAGCGUGGAUCGGUAUGGGUUUACGGCGAUGCGCAUCCACAGAAGGCAUGUGGCGAGGGUGUUGGUCGAGGAAUGUGAGCAGAGGGGCGUCAGGAUGAGGUGGGGGGUCAAGUUGAAGGGGUUGGUCGAGAGGGAGGACGGAAGGGUGGAGAUGCGGUUUGCAGAGGCGGAUGGAAAAGGAGUGAAGGAGGUCGCGGACUUGGUGGUUGGCGCGGACGGGUUGCACUCGGUGGUACGGGAAUAUGUGAAUCCUGGGAGUGAGAGUGUGUUUGAGCACAUGCUCGGAGUGACGGGGUAUCUGCAGCGGAGUGAGUUGGGAGCGUUGGUGGAAGGGGUGCAGUUGCCAUCGCAUUUCAUUGGGAAGAAUGGGUUCAUGGCUAUCAUGCCGUCGGACGUGGCUGGCGAAGAAAUCGGAUUCUUUUCGACCAUGGAGUUUCCGCAGGAGCGGACAAGGGGAGAGUGGAGGGCGUUGUACGACGACAAAGAACAAAUCAGACAGAUUCUGAAGGACCGAUUUAACGCUGCUGAAGGAUGGUGUGAUCUCGUCAGUGGGGUGUGCGAAGUCUCGAAAGCUCAGACUCUUUGCUCCUGGCCAUUCUUCAUCGCGCCGCCGAUGCCGCGAUGGCGGUCCUCCAGUGACCGAGUGAUCAUACUUGGUGAUGCAGCGCACGCUAUGAUACCCACAGGCGGGCUUGGGGCGUCUUUGGCAUUGGAAGAUGCGGAAUGCCUCUCGCAGACGAUCCGCUCCUGGACAGACGCGAAGCUCGAUCGUCAAGCUCUGCAUUCUCGGAUGGAGAAGUGGGAAGCACACCGUCGUGAGCGGCUCGCACUCGUCCAAGAUUUCACAAACAAGAACAGAUGGAUGCGUGCCGCGGGAGGUACGUGGGCGUUCCAAUAUUUGAAGGAGUGGUUCAUGUGGGCUUUCUUCAAGUUCGUAGGGAGCGGUGGUCAGGCUGAUCCCAUAUACCGCUACGAUGCGAAGAUCUUUGCUCAAUCACUAUCUGAUAGUCAGGUCUAG